GUGAGUUAUGAGCAGUGGUGACGUGUGUGAGGAGCAGGCCAUGGAGUUGGACACACUGGACUCCAUCUUCGGGUGCUUCGAGAAUGAGUUCACUGUCGUCAGCCGCACGCCGCCUGUACACCUGCAGUUUCGCAUUCCAGACCCUGACGAACCGGUCAGUAGCCGAGCCGAGAGAAGCGCGACAAAAAACUGACUUGCAUCUUCGUUCGUUUGGCUGCGUUUGUGCGUUUGUUUCUCAGAGUCACUUCUUCUUGCUUUCUGUGACGUGGCCUGAGGGUUAUCCCGCAGCUGAGCCGCCAUCUUUCGACCUGCCCACCAGCCCCGCCAACAGCCGGCUCGACCAGCCAACACGCCAAAAGAUCCUCGACUUCCUCACUGCAAAGGCGGCUGACAUGGUUGGCGAGCAGAUGACGUUCGCUCUCAUCUCUGACCUGAAGGACGAGGGCUUCGAGCAGCUCUCUCUUCGCGAGAUAUGGGAGGAGAGGAGCCUAUGGGAGAGUCGGGAGGCGGCAGGCAACGCAGCGGCGGCCGAUGGGCCAGAGGAGAAUGGGCAUGUGGAUGGCUCGAGAGCUGCUGGCGGUGAUGGCAGGGACGGUGCUGAGGUGCCUGACAUGAGGCACCUGACCAAGAACCAGAAGCGGACGAUGUGGAAGCAUGCUGUGGGCGGGGAGAUCAACGCGAGGAGGCGGGGAUGGAACUGGGUUGAUAUCAUUAGCCAUCUGAGCAAGACGGGCGCACCGACAGAAAACAGUGGGGGCUGAUGUAUAAUGUGUGUGGGUGUGAGUGUGCUCAAGUUGUGGCGACUGUUGAUGAGACUGAUUGCACGCAUUUGACGGUAAUAUGCUGCAGUCGUU